AUGGAGCUGUUUUUCGAGCGGGACCAGGUGCCCAGGUUCCACGUGAGGGAGGCGGCGAUCCUUGAUGUGGACUGCGAGCCUACGUUCCCGCCGCGCAUCGUCGCCGCGGGGCUCGCGCCGCACCUGCAGCUCUGGCACCCCUCCGCGGCCUCGGACGGCCAGGCAGCAGGCGCGCAGUUCGUCCCGCAGACCGCGGUCCGGGAGCUGGACGGCCGCCGCUUCCUGCGCGUGCACAUGCUCCGCGACGCAGUCGUGGGCGUCACGGCGUGCGAGAGGGGCAAAGUGGUGGUGUGGGACCCCGAGACGCUGGAGCGGAUGCAGGUCGUGGACCUGGGCGGCCGGGCGACGUGCUCGUCGGCGUGCGGGGACUUUGUCGCUGUCGGGCAGGCGGACGGCACGUGCUGCGUGCUGCGGCGGCGGCCGAAGAGCUCGCCCGGGCACAUCGAGUACCUCCCGCUCUUCUCGUCGGACCUCAAGGUCGACAUGGACGGCGCGCCGCUGCUGACCGCGCACCUCGAGCAGGCCCCGGGGGGGGGUCCCACCAUCCUGAUGGCUCACUCCCCCGCCCGGAACUCCUACGCGGUGUGGAACCUCGCGGACGGCAAGGUCGUCAAGAGCUGGGCGCCGGACCCGGGCGAGGGCCGCGUGCUGCCCCCCGUCGCGGCGUCCGCGGUGUCGGCGACCGUCGUGGUGUCGGCGCUGUGGACCCCCGGCCGGGACCCCCAGGUCCUCGUCCUGGACUACAUCUCCGGCGAGGGCGGCUUCAUCUCCGCGGAGCAGCGCCUCGCGGGCUGCGGCAGGCCGCUGAAGGUCGCCCUGGGCCCGCGCGGCGUCGCGGUGGCCAUCGCCUUCGAGUCGGGCGCGCUGUGCGGGUUCGGCCGGCACGGCUUCCGGCUCGACCUCCCGGCGCCCGUGACGGCGCUGUGCAGCGUGCCGCCGGCGUCCACCGAGGGCGGCGGGGCCCCUGGCGACGUCAGGUUCGUCGCCGGCGACGCCGACGGGCGCCUGUACCUGGUCGCGGAGGACGGCACGGUGCUGCACCGGGCGCGGCCGGGGACGGACGCGAUCACGAGCCUGGCGUGCACGCUGCCGCUGUUCGUGGUCGCGGGGACCGCGGAGGGGCGUUUGGAGGUGGUGUCGCUGGUGCCGUCGGGUGCCGGGGAGGACGCGGGCGCGGGGGCGGAGGGGGCGGGGGGCGCGCGGGAGGACUUCUGCGUGGAGCGGUGCCUGUGGGCGGACGCGCAGGGGCUCAAGGGCGUCGGCGGCGGGGGGCGGCUGCACGCGCGUGUGGGGGACUUGGGCGCUGACGUCAGGGACGCGAUUUUCCCCGAGGGGGGCGUUCUGCGCACGUGCACGGACCCGCGCCUGCUGCGGGACGUGGAGGGCGUGGGCGUCGCGAAGUUCAAGCGGUGCGGACGGUGCAAGUCGCGGUGGUACUGCAGCGAGCACUGCCAGCGGACCGACUGGCGCAACGGCCACAAGAGCAAGUGCGCGGAGCUCGCGGAGGAGCACAAGCGCGCGAUGGAGGACCGCGAGCGCGCCCUGCAGGAGCUCAAGGCUGCGGCGAUCGCGGAGAGGCAGGAGCAGGCGCCAGGGAAGGAGAACGAGCCGGAGAACGAGCCGGAGGCGGGCGUGGCGGCCGAGUGCGCGGGCGCAGGCGCCAACGGCCAGCCCGCGCCGCAAGCGGUGCCAGCAGACCCCGGCCCUGCAACGAACUUCGUGGACGAGCUGGACUAG